AUGGGGAAAUCGGCGCUUUCUCGGUCCGAAUCGCUCUCGCUGCUGGUGGCCAUGAUUGUAAACAAUGUGCAGAUGUGAGGAGCUCCACAACCUGUGACGUCACGCUACUCGUCUGCUACUUCCGGUACAGGCAAGGCUUUUUUUAUCAGCGACCAAAAGUUGCGAACUUUAUCAUCGAUGUUCUCUACGAACUCCUUUCAGCAAAAAUAUGGCAACAUCGCGAAAUGAUCAAGUAUGACACAUAGAAUGGACCUGCUAUCCCCGUUUAAAUAAGAAAAUCGCAUUUCAGUAGACCUUUAAGUGUUUAGCUUCAAUGGCACCCUGAGCAAGACCCGGUCCCCUUCGCAUGCAGAGGGUGCCCUUCUGACAGAGAUAUAUCGACAUAAAGAGAAAAAACCAAUAAUUUUCACCUGUGAGGCCCCUUUCUACUGAAUGCUACCCUGGCCAAUGGCCCGUGUAUCCUUUAGCAUAGUUUAUUGAUCUCUUUUCUCAUCACGUCUCGUCACGCCUCCACUGCAGCUGAGCGACGCUCUGCACUGAGCAUGCUCGCUGCAGAUGCAGCCUGUAAACGGGCCAGGAGUGCAGAGGAGGAGGAGAAAGGGGAGGGGAGACGUGCUGCACAAUGUUGGGGAUGCUGGAGAAAAGGAGUUGCAUGCAUGGGGAAGAUGUGACAACAUGGAUGGAGCCUGGAAGGGGAAAUGCAAAUGAUAUUGGAUUUUAAUCACAAAGGAAGAGAGGGACAUCUUUGCUCAGGAGGUGUUGCGCAGCGUGGACAUGUACGCCUUCUACUCCCUUUUAGUCUACAUCUUCUACACUGUCUUCAAGAAGGAGGAGGAGGAGGAGGAAGUCUUGGAGGCAUCAUGUGGAGCCUCCGCAGACGAGCCAAGACCUGUUUCCAUGGGAACAGGGAGCAGAAGGAAAGAUGGUCACGCCCCCAAAAUGAGAAAGAAGGCCUAUGCUGGGCUUAGUGACUCUAGCAGUAGCAGUGACAGCGAUGAGGUUUCCCCAAGUGAUGAAGACGAGGAUGCCGCUGACAUCCCAGCAUGCACUCCUCUGGCAGCAUUCCUCUCCUUCAAGCAGGAGUCCGACAAGAAAAGAGCCUCGCAGAGCCAGCUGGAGACAACAGGAAAGUUAGGAGAGUCCCCCCUGAUGGCCGUCAUGUCCCACUUGCUGAGCUUCCUGGAGCAGUACUCGCACUUCCAGCAGCUGCAGCAGCAGGCCGAGCAGUACCGCGUCCAGCUCAAGAGGCACCGCGUGCAGCACCGACGCCAGAUGAAGGUGCUGCGGGCCUCCUACCGCCAACGCCUCAAGGAAAAGAAGAGCAUCAUUUGUAACCUGGAGGAAGCCGUCAGCCAGCAGAUGAGCCCACACAAUGACGGCGAGUGUGUCAGUGAUGCUGGCCCUCAGGCUGGGGUUCACAGCCUGGUGGAGUCGCUGCACGGCCUGCAGGGCGAACGCAGCAAGCUGAGAGGAGAACUGCGUCUGCUGCACUCUCAGCUGGAGCAGAAAGACAAAGAUAAACAUUCGCGUAUAUUGACUUUUCAGCAUCAGAUUGAAGAGCUCAAAAGUGGCAUUGAAGAACGCGAGGAAGAACUGUCAAGACUACGAACAGCCACUGGCGCUACAGACUCCGAAAAACGCGUGUUGUGUCUUUCGGCUGAGAAUGAAAGUCUCAAGAAUAGCCUGAGUGUCACUCAAGGCCUCCUGCAGCAGCUGACCACCGUCCCCUCACAGUCCAGCACCAUGCUCGUUAAGGAGAACGAGAACUUGCGGAGCAGGGUGCAGCAGCUGGAGGCUUCCCUCCAGCAACGCGCCGAGCGGCUGUUGCAGUUGGAGCAGCAGAGUGAGCGCAGCGAGUGGAGGAGAGGGGAGGAGAUGAGGAGGCGAGAGGAUAAAGUGAGGGAGCUUCAGUUGGAGUUGGACAGAGAGAGGGGCAAGGAGCCAGUGGUGAAGUAUGUCACCCAGACCGUUGAGGUGGAAUCCCCCGCCGCCGCCAAGCAGCUGAGCAAAGCCCGACAGAGGAACGAGCUGCUGUCCGAGAAGCUGAGCACUCAGAACGAGCGCUGCAGACAGCUGGAGGAGCAAAUCAGAAAAUCGGAUGAAUACAGCUGCAAUCUGCAACACAAGAUUGCAGCUUAUGAGCGGGAGAUCGGCCAGCUGAGAGAGGAGCUGCUGAAGGAGAUCGGCCAUUUGGAGGAGAGGAAGGAGGAGGCGGUGAAGGCGGCUGCAAACUGCUCGGCAGAACACUUCCAGGACCUGCAGCACCAGUUCUUCACGUUACAGAAGCGUCUGACGGCCCUGCCCCCGACUCUACACGGCAUGAAAACCGACUACGCCAGCCUGAGGAGCCAAGUCAGGAACUUCUCCGAGUUUUACGGCGCGGCGAUAAAGGAGGCCAAGAAGCAGGUUUCGGCAGCCAUCUCCGAGAUGUCCGAGGCCAACAAAGACCUUCUGGAGAAGUACAGGAAGGAGGUGGCUCUGCGCAGGAAGUUGCACGAGCAGCUGGUGGAGCUAAAAGGCAACAUCCGUGUGCUGUGUCGCGUCAAGCCUGUGCUGAAGGAGGACCAGCGUGAGGAGGGCCAAUCGGUGGUGGUGACCACGGACGGCAAUAACGAGUCCUCUCUGAACGUGCUGAGCAAAGGGAAAGGUCGCGCCUUCGAGCUGGACAAGGUCUUCCAUCCUCAGGCUACGCAGGAAGAGGUCUUUCAGGAGAUUGAGCCUCUUGUGACCUCCUGUAUCCAUGGUUACCAUGUUUGCAUUUUUGCUUAUGGGCAGACCGGCUCUGGAAAGACAUACACCAUGGAGGGCAGUGUGGAGAACCCUGGCAUCAACCAGCGGGCCCUCAAACAUCUUUUCAGUGAGAUCGAGGAGAGGAAGGACAUGUGGUCAUACUCAGUCGCCGUCAGCUCUGUGGAGAUCUACAACGAAGUGCUAAGGGAUCUUCUGAGUAAAGACGGAGAGAAGCUGGACAUCAAAAUCAACCCGGACGGAACAGGACAGCUGCACGUGCCGGGCCUCAGGGUCAUCGAGGUCAAGAGCUUCCAGCAUAUGAAGAAGAUAUUAGCCACAGCCCGCAGGAACAGGAUCACAUUUGGCACUCAGAUGAACCAGCACAGCUCUCGCUCUCACGCUCUGCUCUGCGUCACCGUUCACGGCACAGACCUCGCCACCGGCUCCAAAACCACAGGCAAGUUGAACCUGGUUGACCUGGCGGGGUCAGAGAGGGUAUGGAAGUCUGGUGCAGAGGGCGAGAGACUGAAGGAGGCCCAGAAUAUAAACCGCUCCCUGUUGGCCCUCGGCGAUGUCAUCCAAGCCCUGAGAGCACGACAGACUCACAUCCCGUUCAGGAACUCUCGUCUUACGUACUUGUUGCAGGACUCUCUGGGGAAAGGCAGCAAGACCGCCAUGGUGGUGCAGGUGUCUUCCCUGGAGAGUAACGUAGGAGAGACAUUGUGCUCGCUGAAGUUUGCCCAGAGAGUGUGCAAGGUGGAGCUCGGCCCCGCAGCCAGGAAGAUCGAAUCUGGGCAGUGCGACUAAACCGACAACUUCCUGAUGCUGUGAGCGCACACGCACCAGUCACACUCUUCCUAACAUUAUAACAUCAACUAUCCUGCACAAGGGCUAAAACUGUCUAUGUCAGCCAGACGUGAUAUGGCAUCAGACAGGUGAGCACCUUUUGACCACCAUUGAGCGCAUGCAGGAAUAAUUCUACCAACCAAAGCAAAGUCUGCCUCCACCACAUUGUGUGAUUCUGUGCUUCCAUGAGCCAGUAUUCUCUUUCCUUUACACAUCUUCGGGAUCCCCUCACCGACAUUUAACGCAUUUCUGAUUACUUUCGUCCUUCUAGGUGGUAUUUAAACAUGUUAUGUAGCGUUUUAUGACACAAGUGUCACAUAUUUAUGUAGUGGCUGAACUCCUUGUUUUGCUUUAGAGCCUUAUUUGUUUGCCUUUUUACCAGGGUUAAGUAGGAGGCCUGGUGUAGUCGUGAAUAGUGCAAUAUGCCGGGGAGGUUUGUGGGCCUAUGUGGACAGAAAAUGCACUUUAUAGUCAAAAAGGAUGCUUUUUAUGUCAGACCAGGUAUUGAGGUGCUUGCAUAGAUAUCACUAGUGAAGGUCAUACCAAAAACAGUUCAAGCGUACCAACCCAAGAAUCAAAACUUACAGUUAAACACUUACAGGUAAAUUGCACUUUUUUGGGAAUUUUGCUUAUGAUUCACAAUUCCUAGGUAAGAGAAGAACACAUGUUUUUUUUAUGCAUUCUAAUUCGUAAUAUACGGCAAGUACGAGGUGGCUAACAAUGCAGCUUAUAGGAGUAAUCUAUGGUGCCCAUAAAGCUCUCUUAAAAAACCCGCUAACAAUACUCCAUUUACAUGUCCUGACCUGAAUAUUACCCAAGUAUUAGCGGUAGUUAUGAAAAGCACUAACGCAGACAAACUAUUUUUAGCAGCGCCUUGGUCACACAGAGCUACCUAGCUUAUGCAGCAAUUGACAAACUGAGCUGCUGCAUAAUUGUAGAUGAUAAAUCAUGCCUCUCACCUGGGUACUGGAAGGUUGUUGCCAUAAACCGAGAAGUUGGCCAACUUUGACAUUCAACUUAGACCCGGAGAUGGUGAAAAGGACACGAACAGACGCUCGUUGCCGCACCUUUUUUUUUUACCUGCAUGAGGAUUAUGAUUAAUUGUUCAUCUAAACAGGAAGAUAUAAACAUCCCAUCAGUCAGCAUCCCAGUGAGAGCAGACAUUGCACAGUAAGCAAUUGUUCGUACUUCUUGAUCGGCACUUACUGUAUACUGCUGAAGAGGCUGCACAAUAAUGCUGCAUGAUGCUUAGUGUUUCACUAUAAUCUGGAUCUGUUUAUCACUCAGCUACCAAAACUGGUUGCUCAUCCUCUGUAUAUUCAGGCUCAAAAAGUAGGUUCUGUAGCACCCUUUGUCCCAAAGUAAUCGUCCCUCAUGAAGUCUGCCAUAAUUAAUAGAAGUACCGUAUUUUUCGGACUAUAAGUCGCCGUUUUCAUAGUUUGGCCGGGGGUGCGACUUAUACUCAGGAGCGACUUAUGUGUGAAAUUAUUAACACAUUACUGUAAAAUAUCAAAUAAUAUUAUUUAGCUCAUUCACGUAAGAGACUAGACGUAUAAGAUUUCAUGGGAUUUAGUGAUUAGGAGUGACAGAUUGUUUGGUAAACGUAUAGCAUGUUCUAUAUGUUAUAGUUAUUUGAA